AUGCGGCUCCCGCACCUGGUCACACAGGCCUGCCGGGCUGACCACUGGGCCGGGGAAGCCAGGUUCACCCUCCCGGUCAGCCAGGAGGUGCCGCCGGCCCCUGCUGACCUUCCCACGAGAGCCAGAUGCCAAGAGCAGCAGCCGGAAAACAGGGCGCAGGGCCGGGCAGACACGGGCCGGGCCCCUGGUCCGAGCGGACGCUCGUCCUGCCCCGAGCCGGCGCCCACCCACACUGACCAGGCCGGGCCUGCAGUGACCAGCCGCUGCCUGGCAGGGUGGCCGUCGGCGUCGCAAGGUCUGGUAGAGAUCGUGGACGGGGCCCCGGGCAUCCGGGGGGACGAGGGGGAGGCUCAGGCAGAGGCAGCCUCUGGCCCACGGCGACUCAGCGGGCAGGCAGGGGCGGCCAUACACGGCUCUCGCCGGCCACAGAAACUGUCAAAAGACCAAUUUGGGGACAUCCAUGAUGCAAUGAAGCUCCAGGGGCGUGGGAAGGUGCAGGGCCAGGGGAAUGCUCGGCGCCUUUGUGGGGGGCUGGUCAGGUUCCGGGUGAGGGCAUGGGCGCUGGCAGGCGUGCUUGGGGGGGUGCGGGGCGCGGGUGCCAGCCUGAGCGGCACCCCCGGCCCCUGCGCCCACAGCCCAUUCCGCGCCUUGCAGUCGGUCAUCCUGCCCGUGCACGACGCGGCUCCCUGGCUGGACGCCUGCCUGAGGUCCGUGCUGCAGCAGGACUUCCGGGGCCCCCUGGAGCUCUCGGCCUUCGACGAUGCCAGCAAGGACGGCUCUCUGGCCAUCAUCCAGGACUGGAGAGUGAAGCUGGAGGACGCCGGGAUCCGCGUGGUGGUCGGAGGCCACGAUUCCCCGUCUCCCCGAGGAGUCGGAUAUUCUAGAAACCGAGCGAUAGCACAGAGCUCAGGAGCCUUCCUUUGCUUCUUGGACUCGGACGACGUGAUGAUGCCCCAGAGGGUGCGGCUGCAGCUGGAAGUCGCCCUGCGGCACCCAACCAGUGUGGUGGGCUGCCGGGUGAGCCGGGACCCCCCCAACUCCACUGAGCGGUACACGCGCUGGAUCAACGCGCUCUCGCCCGACCAGCUUCUCACCCAGGUCUUCACCUCCUAUGGCCCUACGGUGGUCAUGCCCACCUGGUUCUGCUCCCGCGCGUGGUUCUCCCACGUGGGCCCCUUCGACGAGGGCGGACGGGGGGUGCCGGAGGACCUGCUCUUCUUCUACGACCACCUGCGGAAGGGCGGCGGCGCGGUGCGCGUGGACCAGAGCCUGCUCCUCUACCGCUACCACCCGCGCGCGGCCACACACUCCGUGCUCGAGGCCACCGUCUGGCGCCACCGCGUGCGCUUCCUGGAGGAGCGGGCCCUGCCCCGCUGGGCGGCCUUCACCAUCUGGAACGCGGGCAAGCAGGGCCGGCGGCUCUACCGCAGCCUGACAGCAGAGGCGCGGAGCAAGGUGGCUGCCUUCUGUGACGUGGACGAGAACAAGAUCCGGAAGGGCUUCUACACCCACGAGGACUCCCCGGACAGGCCCAAGCCCCGGGUCCCCAUCCUGCACUUCCGGGCCGCCCGGCCGCCCUUCGUCAUCUGCGUGAAGCUGGACCUGACCGGGGGAGUGUUUGAGGACAACCUGCGGUCGCUGCAGCUGCAGGAGGGCCGGGACUUCGUCCACUUCAGCUGACCAGGGAGUGGCUGGGCUCGGGCAGGAGCUGGGACCCUGGGGCUCGGCCGCUCUGCCCUCCUGGAGACCCAGGCCGGCAGCUGCGGGGGCCUGUGGGCCGUGGGGAGGGGCCUGUGCAGACCGGCCGUCUCGCCUCAGGGCGCCCGAGGCCCCAGGCCCAGCCAUGGCGGCUCCCUGCAGCCACGCGGGCCUGAGCCUCUCGCCGGCAUCAUCGGCACUGCUGGACAGGGCACCCAGGUGGAGGGGCGCCCUUGGGGCACAGAGGACCCUCCUGAGGCUUGGCCAGAGCCCAAGUGCUCCCCUGCUGGGUCCUAGACUCCACCCCUGUAAAAACUCCUGCCGUGGCCCCUGCCCGAGACAGUGGCCGUCUGGUCGUCCGAGACCCCUCGCCACAGACUCUGCCAGUCCGGGACCCUGGGGAGUCUCACCUAAGGCAUUAAACUCCCCACUGGCUCCCGAGGGAAGGCGCCUGCUGAGGCUCGCGAGGGAGCAGCCACCGGGGCUGCUCUGGCGGCUGGUUGCGCCAGCCCAGGCGAGGGCAGCCCCGCCCAGAGGCGACAGCACGCCACAGUGCCCACCCUCCCACGGGACCAGGCCAGGGGACAGUGGCCUCGGACCCUGCGUCCUGGACGAGCAGCAGGGAGCAGAACCUGGAGCCCUGGACGCAGAAUCAGUGACACCAGUAAAGCUGCAGGCACGUGCGGGUCGCCCCACUGUCCACCCUGCAAAUGACCCAGAAGACCCUCGGCUGGCACGGUACACGCAGGGCCGCCCGCGCCUGCCUGCACCCGGCGCGGCCCCACUCACAUCACUGCAGGCACAGAGCUGCGCGUCGCGACUUUAUAAGAUGCGGGUCAGGGUCACUACAAAAGCACCACCACGGCCAGCGCAGGCCGCUGUCCAGCCCCACCCUCGCGCACGCCCCGGCCGGUGCGUCCUCCAGCAGUGAGAGCC